UCUCCUCUCCUCCAGUGUGUAGCUGGUCAGUCAGCCAGCUAGUCUCCAUGGCAGGGUGGUGUCAGCAGCAGCAGCGUGUGUCCUCAUGGCCGGGUCUGGUUCUCCUCAGACUCACCCUGGCUCUCUACCUCCUCUACCCGUCCUCGAGUGCUCUUCCACGGGAUACACAGGCCAGUGGCUCCCCUGUGGAGGGCCAUAAGGUGGUAAGUGGGAUGUUCUCUCGACCGGUGCUCAGCGUGGGCUACCAUAAGAUAGUGGAGAUACCGGCUGGAGCCACUAACAUCAGGAUCCAGGAGUCUGUCAAGACCAGGAACUACCUGGCGCUGCGGACUCGGAGUGGAGUUUCCAUCAUCAACGGCAACUGGGCGAUCGACCGCCCGGGCCUGAUCGUUGCCGUGGGAACCCGGCUGACAUAUCGGCGACCCAAUGAGAUUCGGUCCAGAACCGGAGAGUCCAUCACCGCACCGGGACCCACCAAGGAGGAGUUACAUCUAUCACUGGAGCUACGCUACAUGACCAUAAUUGAGACUGUUGGCCCCACCUACUCAGGAAGCGAUGAUGUCAACAGUGGAAUGGGCGUGGCCAUCAAUGAUGUCAGCGGUGGGAGAGGCCAUCCCAACCAUGUGCCCUCUGACCCCGUGGUGAACCCUGACCUAUUGGCUCCUUCCUACGGCUGGAUCAGCAGCGGACACACAGCCUGCAGCACCUCCUGUGGUGGGGGUAGACGCCAGGUGCUGUGGGUGUGUGUGGAGACUGAGAGCAAGACCACAGUACCAGGUGACCUCUGUAGCCACGCCCAGCGACCCCAAAACCAGGAAGUGGACUGCAACACACAGCCUUGUCCUGCCUUCUGGGACCUGGGGGAGUGGUCAGAAUGCACUAGAACCUGCGGUCCGGGGUCCCAGCAACGCCAGGUCAUCUGUCGUCAGGCGCUCCGUAACCAUAGCAACAGUACGGCGACGCUGGUCGCCGUGGAGACGGCGCAGUGCGGAGGUCACGACAGGCCGGAGACGACAACGUCCUGUCAGCUAAAGAUCUGCAGCGAGUGGCAGAUACUCUCCGAAUGGAGCCCGUGUUCAGUCCCGUGUGGUGUGGGCCAGAGCAGCAGAGAGGUGGUGUGUGUAGGUAACCAGGGAGACGUGGAGGGGGACGACCAGUGUAACCUGGGGGUGAAACCAGCCCCUCUUCAGAACUGUGACAUGGGACCCUGCGCACGGAACUGGUUCACCUCACCAUGGAGCACACGGUGUUCCACAGAGUGUGGUGAGGGCAGUCGUAGUCGCUCAGCAGUGUGUCUGUUGGACCAUGUGACUAACCUACCAUUGGACGGCUGCGACGGGGCCCGCCCACAGGAAGUAAUGUCAUGCGAUGCAGGGCCAUGUCACCACCGCCUGGAAUGGUACACUGGACCCUGGGGACAGUGUUCGGCGGAAUGCGGAAACGGAACCCAGACCCGGGGCGUGGCCUGUCUACUCCAUGACAACGGUCGUCUGGAGGCUGUGGACCAAUCAAACUGCUCCCACCUGGAUCGACCAAUGAGCUCUCAGAGCUGCCACCUGAAGGUGUGUGGGGUGCAGUGGUACGCCACCGAUUGGAGCACGUGUUCUCGCUCCUGUGACGGAGGUUACCGUGUGCGCGAGGUGUGCUGUCUUGCCGACAACGUGACCCCUAGUGACCUGUGUGACUUCAGUGCGACCCCUGAGAGUCGGGAGGAGUGUAACACCCAGCCCUGUUUACCUGAGACAGUCUCAUCAUGUAGUGACCAGUACUAUAACUGUGUGGUCGUCGUCCAGGCCAGGUUGUGUGUGUACUCCUACUACAGAACAGCCUGCUGUUCAUCUUGCUCCGUCAUCACACACUCCUCAAGAACCACCUCCUCACUACACACACACACUCCUCAAGAACCACUUCCGCAGGCAUUGACUUCCCCAGAUAGAAGUUGGUCUCCCUAGCUGAGAUCACCUGGCUCCUGGAAAACACACCUGAAGGAACCACACCUGAAGGAACCACAUCUGAAGGAACCACACCUGAAGGAAACACA